AUGGCUCACGCAGGCGAGUCGAGCAUCUCAAGUCCACUCACCUCGUCCACUACUCGCACCCACACAACAACAGCAACUCCCCCUAUUAAUCCUGAUCUCUCUCGUACCCGACUCAAGCAAAUUGCCAGAUGGAUCCGCGAUGAGCUCGACUUGCUCGUAGCCCGCGAAGGACCCGACAUACUACGUCCCGAUGACGUCGUGACCCUACACGAGACGUUCAUUGCCCUUCGCCAAGCACAGAACAUUACCGUUUCCGACUUGCGAGCCACUGGCAUUCACAUCGCUGUCCGAGAACUUGCUGGUGUGGCGACGCGGUGGCCUGGUCGGUUGUGUGAUGACUGCGACAAGAUUAUUGAUAUCUGGACUGCCAGGUUUGGGAGCUUCAGUGAUAUUCAUCCUUUUUUGUAUGGGAGGGGUGGGCGGCUUGAGGGUAUUUCUAGUAUCCACGAACACUCUCGUGAGGCACUGCUCAAGCGAUGGGCAAGGACUUGUCCUGAUAAGAUUCAUCCCAAACGUUCUCACAGACUAGGCGACUUGGGAUUCACGGCUGGCUCGUGGUGGAUAAACUCUCUAUUCGCGCACCACGCUGGUAUCAUUGGGCUUGAAGCAUGUGAAGGCGGUACAACGUACGACAAGCACGGUGCAUACGCCCUGUUACUCAAAGAUACGGGCGAGAUCGAAGCCAGCUCAGAAGACCGCUUCACGUAUCGAGUUCCACAGAACGACAAAGGCAAGUUCAGACUUACAUCCGCAACGCCGAAGAGCAGAGAUCCUGUCCGAGUCCUUCGUAGCCACAGCAUCAACAGCGUCUGGGGUCCAAAGGCUGGUGUAAGAUAUGAUGGACUCGUCAAAGGCUGGUCCAUCAAACAAGCAAAAAGCACCGACUUGGCCGGCGGACACUGGAAAGAAGGCGACAUUCUCUUCGACGUGAGAUUUGAACGUACCGACUCAGUGCCUAUGGAAGUAGUCACCAAGCGACCCACAGCAACCGAAGUAGACGACUAUCAAGAGUACAAGCGCCUCCGCAGGGCAACCCGCGACAUCAGACAGAAACAAAUCAGCGCACCACCCAUUAGAACCGACUACGAAGCCACGGUCAAAGCUGCCCCUCCCAUUGUCCCGUCGCCACCAUUACUCCCAAUCUCCAAGCCCACCCAAGCCGACCCUGUACCCAGCACGCCCCGCAGAGGUAUCUUCAAACACCUCCACUUCGACGACGAAGCCCACACCCACCACCCAAACCGCGACCAAGUCGUCUCCCCUAAAACCGUUCCCACAAACGACCCCCCAUCCUCCAUCCCUAGAAAUGCCACUCUCACCGUCCCCACACACCCCAACCGCACCACCACUGCCACUAUCGUCACCAACCAAGCCAAACCCGACAACAACACCACCACCUCCUCCCCCAGCGACCCACACACACACCCCAGCCCCGCCCCCUCAAACACCAGCAGCGCCCACACCGCGUCCAACAAAAUCCCUGACAUCAAAAUCCGCGAGGUCGCCCCCUGGAUCGACUACGAUGCCGCCCUCACCAUGCCUUCACCCACGCUCGAGCCCCCCGCCGUUAUCCAGCAUAAAAAACCUGUUAUCACACAUUCUGGUACUGUUACGUUGUCAGUGAAGACGGGGCGGUCUGGUGGGAAGGCGAGGUCUGGGGAGGGGUUUCUUGGUCCGGGGGCUGGGCUUGGGUAUGAGGGAAGUGGUGGGGAGAGUAGGAGGAGUGGGGGAGGGGAAAGCAGGAGUUUACUAGCGGAUUCCCUGACACCGACGACGACGGGGCGGUUGGGGAAGAGAAGGAGUGUGCUUGGACGGAGUCGGAAUCCGGUGGCUAAGUUGUUUGAUGGGGGUUCUGAUGGUGAGUGGGAGUGGGAGAAGAAGCGAGAGAAGAAGGGUUGGCGUAGACAUUUCACGCUGAGGGGUAAUAGUGCCCUCGAGGAUGAGAACAGAGACGGAGAUGCAACACCACCGUCUGUAUACACAUCCACGCCCAUCCGUCCACGUCCAGACAUCCCUUUCGUACUGGCUCGUCGCGAAGCUAUUCGUCCUCCUCUCAGCGAGGUUGAACCUCCUCAACAAGACCUCGAAGUUUACGACCCUGUGUUCUUUUGUAUACACGACGAUGAUGGUGAUGACGACGGGAACUACCACCACCCCGACAGCAACAAUCCCCCCGACGAUGACGAAGAAGAAGAUCCUGCCAUGCAAACCGUCGCUCCUACAUCUCACACAUCAUCUGGUACACCAAACACAACGAGGAUGAUGAGUUUCAUCUCAAGACCUCAAACUGCUGCGCCGGUUGGUAGUUCUUUUUGUACGUCUAUGGGUAUGGAUGGGUUUGGCGAAGAUGGUGGUGGUGAUGAUGUUGGUGUUGGUGUUGUAGGUGUAGGUGGAGUUGGAGGUGGAUUGGCGAAUGAGAAGGAGCAAGAGCGGCAGUCUUUGGCGGAGCAGAGGUUGAAGAGUAUGGUUUUGCAACAGAAGCAGCAGUUCAAAGGGAUGGAUGUCUCGUCGUCAGUUUAG